AUAUAGUUUAAUUAUGAAUGCUUUCAUUGCUAUGAAUUUGGUGUUGUUACUUUGCCAUGCAUGGAAAUAGAUUCUAAGAGGGUUUCUCUGAGAGACUUAGGAAAUUACGUUGUCCUUCAGUGUGAGACUAAAUCUCAAUAGUUUUAAAAUUCAGCCAGAAAUAAAAUCGACUUACUUAUAUCCCGUGCCAAAAUAUUGAUCAGAAAUUGGUAAAGUGCUUUUUUUAAGACUGUUUCAGUGCUUUCAGGUAAGUGAAUGACUACAGAGUGCAGGAUAGGGAUUCGCUGUUCCUCCAUUGCCAGCUUCCUCUGGGAUCCCUGUUCAAUCAGAACCUCGUCUCCUUCCCAAGCUCAGUGGUCUUCACAAAUCAGUUUUCAGAUAAGGAUGAAGCACUGUGUUCAGGGAAAAAAGCAGGUAUGAGCAUGAACCAUGGGAGUGAAGAGUUUGGAAAUGUCACAGGUGACAGUGUUGAAGUACAUGAUGAUGAUGAUUCAGAUUCUGUGACUGCAGUUAAUUGCCACACUUCUGUUACAUUGCCAUUUAUUUCUGCUGGUGAACGAGGUUUUAUUGGACAUUUUAGUGAUCUUCCUCAUGUUUGUUACAUCUGUAAUAAGGGAUUUGGAAAUCGAGUGAAUCUUAGAAGACAUUACCGAAUACACACAGAAUAUCAACGGUAUGACUGUAAGGACUGUGAUAAGAGUUACAGACAUUUGAUAGACCUCAAACGACAUGCAUUGAUUCACACUGGAGAACAGCCGUAUUCGUGUGACGUUUGCUCAAAGAGUUUCAGCAGAAUCACUCACUUGAGGGACCACGUACUGACCCAUACAGGCGAGCGACCUCACGUAUGCAAGAUAUGUUCCAAAACGUUUAGCCAGGCAAGUAAUUUGCAGACACAUCAGCUGACUCACACUGGAGAAAGGCCUCAUGUCUGUCCUGUGUGCGGAAAGUGUUUCUCGCAGCGUGCAAAUCUUCAGACCCACUCUGUGUUACACUCUGGAACACGACCAUUUGUUUGUAAAAUCUGUGGCAAGGGAUUUCAUCGGCGCCGAGACCUGCAUAAUCACUGUGUCACGCAUACUGGGGAAAGACCACAUGUGUGUCCGGUGUGUGAUAAAACAUUUGCAUUGCUUGAUAAUUUGAGGAAACAUUCAGAUCUUCAUUCAGGAAAACGCCCACAUGAAUGUAAGCACUGCGGAAAGACAUUUGCUAAGAAAUAUGAUCUCAACAGACAUACACGUAGACAUAUUGAAGAGCCCAAAUAAGUGGCAGUUACUAGUGUUGGUAUAUUUAAUUAUCCUCUUUGCAAAAUUUAAUUAACCAUACUGCUGUGUACAGUGAUGUGAGAAUUGUCAGGCUGUGUUCAAAAAAUUAAAUAGGGGUAUGUCUGAAGUAGGAACUUAUUAAAAUAUAAUAAUUUGCAACUUGGUGACAUCUUGUAACUUACGUGAAGUAGAAAAUCAGGCCUAAACAUAAGCUGGAUGAGAUAAUUGCAAGUCUACCAGAACCUGAUUCACAGAGAUAUGUUCAAAUUACAUACUCCAUGGACUGGAAUGUAUGUUUAACCCUUUGAUGAGUAUGUAUAUUUAUAUAAAUGCUCUGCCUUUGAUUAAGAAGGGAAAAGUUACAUUUUUUCUCAAGGAUGUUUGUCGCAUCCUGCCAUAUUGGAUUUUGGGUCAAACUAAUUUGAUAUUGUAUUCUUAGUAACACAAAAUCAGCCAUCAGUACUUGAUACAUGUAGGAAUGUCAGUGUAAAGGAAAUGCAGCAAACUGAAAAUUAAUUUUGUCAUAUUUUUUUAGGAAUUUCAAAUUAUUUAAUGAAGACAUUAGUUGUCGUGUUCAUGAAAGGACCUUACUGCUUGGGGUCCAGAGACAACAAAGAAACAUAUGACUCAAGGGGUUCAACAACCCCAAGGAUAAGAGUACAGCGAAAUAUGUG